CACGAACGCACGAAAGUUACCGAAUACUUAAUUUCGUUUUAUUUGUGAUAAAAUAAUUAUUCAAUAAUCUCCAAAAUAUCUUGUUCAUUUCCUUAAAUAGAUACGAAAGUCUUAAUUUAUCAACAUUUUCUAUUCGACGAAAAAUGUAUGUUUAAUUAAUCUACAACAAUAACAAUGGAAGUGUCUCCUACUCCACUUUUGGACGACGAAAGCAACAUUUCAAAUGUGAAUAGGCUAAUUCUCGGAGAAACUUACUCCAGUGACGACGAGGAUGUUGUCCGACGACGUACCCAGCGCAAAAGAAACGUAACAGAUAGCGACAGUGAUGUCGACAAUGCAGAUCCUAAAAAAUCUCUACUUGUUACCAAAACAAGAAUCAGAAUGAUGAGCGAUAAUGAUAGUGAUUCCCAAGAACCGAACAAUACGACUGACAAGAAAGAUUCUUCUAAAACGUCAAGAAUCAGAAGUAUUAGUAACAGCGAUACUGAUACACAAGGACGACAUAAUGCUUCUGAAAAUAAUUCUGAAGAAGAAGAUGAAGAUCCUACAAACAAGUCCUCCCUUAAAAAUAAAACUAAAUCUAGAAUCACAAGUGUGAGCAAUAGCGAUAGUGAUUCUCAAGAACAACCCACUACUACUUAUAAGUCAUCAAGAGUAGAGAAUAGGAAAACGAAAUUGUAUGAUAAGUUUAAAGCCCUUAGUUCUUCACAAGUGAAAAAUACUGUGGAGGGCUCGGACUCAGAACACCGAACACAGAUAUCUGAUGAAAGUGAUGAGCGAUUAGAUGAAGAAGUGUCAUGUCUUAAAAUAAAAAAGAAAAUAAUUAAAAAGAAGAAUGCCCUUUCAUCAAUUUGUGAUGCUGACACAUCUGAUGAAGAUGUUGAUAAAAAGUUGGACCUGAUAAAGCACCAAAAGAAAAUAAAGCCUAAAGCCUUAAAGUCAGCCAUAGAAAUACAACCUAAAAUGUCAGCAAAACAAGCUAUGGAGAAUAUGCAAAAGAUUAAAAGUGAAUCAAACCGUAUGCUAAGGGAAAAAGAUGUUUCUCUGCCUUAUCAUAAACCAAGGGCUUUGUCGCUUCAAGAUAUCAUGAAAAGAAAGAGACCUGCUCUUACAUCUGAUGGAAAAGUAAUGCCCAUUAAAAUGAGUAAUGAACAAUUAGCUGAAUAUGUGAAAUUACUUGAAGAAAGACAAAAAGAAAUCAUAGAACUAUGUAAAAGUGACAGUGAAGAAGAAGCAGUUGUAGAAGAUUCUCUAGACAAAACUAAUAACACUCAAGAGGCUGAAAAUAUAGUCGAUAAUAAUAAACAAGAACUGGACAAAACUUCUGAUGAUCUCUAUGAUACAGUUAUUCAAGAAUCCAACAUUUCUAGUGCAAAUCAUGAUGUUUCUGUGGAAAAGGUAGACGAAAAAACUCAAGAAGAGAAUAAAAUAAGUGACAAAACACAUGAUGAAGCUCAAAGUGAAGUAAUACAUGAUGAGAAGCAUGACUCAGAGUCAGAAAUUGCUGGGAGAAUUCAAGAGGAUGGUAAUAAAAUCAAAGAAUCUAGUGUUAAUGCAGAUCUGUCAGCUCUCAACUCGUCAAACCAGGACAAUGAAGAAAUUUCUUUGAAAUAUUUGGACAGUAGUACAGAGAAUGUUGCUGAAGAUUUACAAUAUAAAAGGCAUGCUGAAAAUAACUCUGUUGACCAAACAUGUGAUAAACCAGACACAAGUGAUGAAGCUAUUGCAAAAGUUAUGAACAACUCUGAAGCUCUAUGUCAAAAUUCAUCAAACUUGGACAGUCAAGCAAUUUCAUUACAAUUUGAUUCAGAAAACAUUUUAUCAGAAAUUGAAAAUAAUAAAGAAAACAAUGUUAAUAAAGACAAUAUUAUGGAUGUUAUUGAUACGACUAACAAUUAUAUAGAGGAAAAAGAGAAACACAAAUAUUUCUCAGAUGAUGAUAAUGAUGACUUCAACAUAGACGAUAUUGACACUAUAAUUGAAAAUGCUGAAAUAAUAAAAGAUAAUGUAAACCUGAACACUUCAAAACCAACUACAACAACAAUGCCUACUAUACCUAUAUUGAAACCUACAUUAACAGGAUCACCAGGAAUGUUCAUUAAUUUAGAAAGUGAUGACCAAUCUACAGUUCUCACUGGUGUAGACUUGUUAAAAGAAAGGUUUACGUAUUUUUCUAAACUUAAAACUGCUGAAGAGAUGGAAAAAAAUAGGCUUCAAAAGCAUAAACCAGGACUGCAACAUCUUAAAUUGAAACACGAACUCGAAGAACAAAUCGCCGCACAGAGGUCUCUGGAAUGGGAAAAGCGCCUCGAGGAAGAGAAACAAUUAAAAUCUGAAAUGACACUUGAGCCAGAGGAUGACAUCGAAAAGAUAGAGGCUAAACUAAAUGAAGAAGAAAUAAAAGAGAGUUCGAGUAGCGAAGAGGAAGACUUAGUUGAAGAUGAUGUUGAAAUGAAAGAUGCUCCUAGGAAGAGCAAUCCGAUGAUUGACGAUGAAGCAGAAGAAUCUAAUGAAGAGGAUGAUAAUGUUGCAGAGGUGCCGGAUAAUGAUGAUGAACAGGAUGAAGAUGCUAAUGAAAAUGAUAGUAGUAAUAGCUCCAGCGAAGAAAGCUCGUCUGAAUCAGAUGAAGAAACAUCCAACAAACCAAAGAAAGGAAGAAUCCUUAAAGCCUUUGAGGAUUCUGAUGAUGAAGUAAGUAAUGAAAAGCAGGCGGCACAUGCAGAAGCUACUGAAAGUCACGAAGAUACGCCGGCUAUAAAAAAUGGAAACGAGGUUCAAGAUGAGGAAAUACAACCUGCUCAAUUAAACAGAUCAAUUUCUGACGAUAUCUUUGCAACCCAAGAAUCUCUGGUUAAAAGUAUAAGCAAUACUCAAGAUACUAAGACAUCUUGUGACAUACCAUGUACUGCUGAUUUGGGAUCACAAACAUUCUCAAUAUUGGAUUCUACAGUUGCUUUGAAUAAGAAGGAUAAACAGCUCGCAGAUGGAACAAUUUCAGUAACGCAAUCCAUUGAUGAGUCUACAUUCGACAAAUUCAAUAAGAAAAGUACUGGAAGCUUGACUCAAGACUUACUAUUGUCUCAACCCCUGAGCUCUCAAUCUCAAGAAAUUGGUGACGAUAUAGCCGCUCUAUGUACUGGAAAGUUUUAUGACAAUCCAUUCGUAACACAAACACAGGAUUACCAAAAUAAUUUAGAAGAGCCUAUGAUCCUUGCUUCGGAGGCUAAUAAAAUUACUUCCCAGGAUGCGUCAAGUACGACAGAAAAUGACGAAUUAAAUAAAACAGAAGAAAAACAACAACCAAAAGAUAAUUUAACUGAUGUAUCAAAUAAAAAAACAUUAGAAAGUAAUGAAAGAAUAAAUGGUGAGAGCGAAGAAAGUAAACCUGUUGAAGAUGGCAACUUAUUGAAAUCCAUUCUCGAUGAACUAAAUGAGCCAGAAGUAGAAACAACAAAUAGGUUCUUUGGCGCGAAACAGGAAAGUCAAGUAAAGAAGAGGUUUAUUAUAGAUUCAGAUGAUGAAGACGGUGAAGAAGCUAACAAAGAGAAAAAGAAGAAAUUGAAGAAGAGAAAACCUGAGAAGCGGGCUCUUCAAAUUUCAGAUGAUGAAGAAGGUGAAGAAGACGAAGAAGAGUCUGAAAUCGAAGAAGAUGUCGACAAGAUUGUAGAAUAUGACUCUGAAGAAAAUGAGAUUGAAGUCCAAGCUAAGCCAGUGAAAAAGAAGCGAAUUGGAGAAUUCUUCGAAAACGAAGCGGAACUAACUUCGGAAGAUGAGUGGGUGGGUUCGGGAGACGAGGAUGAAGCUGACCUGGACCGGAUGGAGAGAGAGGAGGGAGACAAUGAAGUGUUUCACCAGGGUCAGCUGCAAAGGGAAUUGGGAGAGAUUCAUAUGCGAGAAGUUUUGGACCAAGACAAGAGAGAGGUGAGGUUAUUGCAAGAGCUACUUUUUGAAGAUGGCGAUUUAGGAGAUGGACAUCGACAAAGAAAAUUCCGAUGGAAGAACGAUGGAGAUGCUGACGAUGGCACUGGCAUGGGUGACGUCGGCUUGGCGGACACGCAGGAGGAAGAAUUCGAGUCUGAAGAACUUUGGAGGAAACAGAGACAUGAACGGGAGCUGUUUUUAAAGAGCCUGCAAGAGAAUGAAGAAGAAAAAACAAAUACUACAUUUAAUAGGACAGCACUCAUAAAAGCUAAUCUAAAUUCCAGUAAAACAGCUAGUAAAGAUGAGAAUAAAAACCAAAUUGAGGCUGAAGCGAAGCCUCCUGCUGAACCCAAAACUACUAAGGAUUUACCAAGCCCUAAAAAACAAUUCUUGAUAUUAAAGCAAAGCUACCACGGCUCGCUGUUAUCUCGCGGGCAGGGCGCGCUUGCGCGGCUGGCGGCGCUGGCAACACCGCUCGCCGCCGACGCUGACGCGCCCCGCCCCAAGCCCACCGCCGGGCCCGGCAAUUUCGUUUUCGCCACACUUUCGCAACCCGAUACAGAGCCUAAGGUGACGAAACGAAAAGCCGAAACUAAAGCGGAUACCCCGAGAUUACUAAAGAAAAUGAAAACGGAUGAUUCACAGGAUAAGCUGUUUCCCUACGCCGAGGAGAAUGUGAAGAAGUUUUUGGAGAAUCAAUGGGAUAAUGACGACGUCAAAGAAGCCGUUAAUGCUUUGAGAAAGUUAGCCAUUGAAGACAAAGAAAAGAGUGUAGAUGGAGUUGUCGAUAUCCCUGGGGAGGACGCGUCCAAGGACGAACAAAUUGAAGGUCUCGUGAACAAUGUGAAGUGGCAGAUGUCCUCGGACCGUAAGGCGGGACCUUUGAAAGAACUACAGGGACUCAUCUGGAAGCAGGGGUAUGACAGUGGCGACAUAAAGGGACAUGUCUUCGAUGACGUGUCGUCGGCUCUUGAACAAUGGCAAUCGGUGGACGAUCAGAAAGUGUACAUCUACUCCUCUGGCUCCGUCCAAGCACAAAAACUUCUAUUCGGUCAAUCUCUUGCUGGUGACCUGCUCAAAUAUAUCGACGGUCAUUUCGACACUGCCGUUGGUGGAAAGCAAGAGAGUACCAGCUACACUGCCAUCGUAGAGAAAAUCGGAUGCAGCCCCGGCGACAUUUUAUUCCUCACUGAUAUUCUGAAAGAAGCGGAAGCGGCGCGUAGUGCCGGGCUUCACGCGGCGCUGGUGAGCCGCGAGGGCAACGCCGCUCUGCCCGACGACGCCGGCAGCUACCCCGUCAUCAACUCCCUGUCCGAGCUCUCCGUCUCCAACAAGCGCAAGACGGACCCACAGGAAGCUGAGCAACCGGCUAAAAUUGCUAAGACUGAUGCUACCGAAGAUUUAACUGUACCUACUGAGACUGAAAAAGCUGGUGAAUCUGAAAAAAUGGAAGUCGAAGAAAAAUCAGAAUCCCCCGAGAAUGAGACUGAACCACAAAUCACAGAUAAAGUUAAAGAAAUAACAGUAAUAGAAGAAGUUACCGAUGCAAAAGACGCUGAGGCUGUCACCGACAUUGAACCAAUAAUUACUGAAGUAAACGAGGAUGAGAAUGUCAAAGAAAAAGAAGUGGAGAAGAUGGAAACUGAUACUGUAGAAACAACUGAAACGGUCGCGGUUGAGGACUCUAAAAUUACAGAAACAACUGACAAUAAUCCCACAGAAGAAAUAAAAACACCAGAAGAGGUAAAAGCGAAUGAAGUGCCAAAUGAAACUAAGACUGAAAGUUCUAUCGCUGAAGAAACUCCUCCUAUAGUUAUUACCGAAAUAAAGGACGACAAAGAGCCUUCGUGCGAAGUGGCUGAUGUCAUUAAAGGAAUGGAACCUAUAGUCGAGGAGCCAGCAAUGAACGAGGAUAUCGAAGAGUUACAAAAUGUGGGAGAUGUUCUUGAAAAAGAAUGCGAUGAAAUAUUAUCCAAAGUUCAAGAUGUGACAAACUUGGACAAUAUUUCUGUGAAGCCAUUACUGCAACCAAUUGUAGAAGAAUCUAUGGAAACAGAGAAUACAGAUUCGAAUGACAUUGUAGACAGAAUAUUAGACGGGGAAUUAGAGCUCGAAUUAAAACAAUGCGCGGAAGAGGCACAAGCGUCAGAAGUUAAAGAGAGUACAAAAAAUGAAGACACAAUUUCUGCCAAUACAGAAGUCAAUGACAAUAAAGAAACCAAUACAACAUCUGUCACAGAGGAAACUAAAGUAGAAAAUGGUGUGCCUGAAAAGGAAGAAGUUGUGAAUGGCUCAAGUUCAGUUAUCUCAAAUGAAAAUGGUGUUAGUGACACAGCAGAAAGCCAUAGCGAUGACAGUGACAAUAAAACGCCACCUGAAGACAAACCCGAAACAUCUGCAGAGGCAAAGGAUGCGUCGGAACCAGAAGAAGGACAUGUAAAUGGUAAAGUAAUAAAUGGAGCUAUGGAGACGAAGCAAAAUGGUGACUCUGGCAGUGAUGAAGAAUUAAAAUCGAGGUUAUCAGUAGAAAAUGGCAAAGAAGUAGUUAAUGGUUCUAAUGGUGACUCUGUAGCCGUCGAAAAUGGCGUGUCAGACAAAAAGGUCGAGGCCGAAGUGACAGAAAUAAAAGUUAAAACGGUUCCCACAGAUGAACCAAGUACCGAACUAAUAGAGCAGCCCACUGAAGCAUAAAAAUUGGGAGAAAGAACAUCACUAGUAGUCAUCAGGUUGGCACCAUCAUUAGAAUGACAAGACUGAGGCUAAUUUCAUGCUUUUGUCGACUUUUCCCAGUAUAUGUAUUGAGAAUUUACUAUCUACCAUGCGGUG